CAUAUUUAUUUACUGAAAACAUCAGUUACUUCUACUGUAUUUGCUAAUCAACAUGAAAGCUUUCGCCUUCUUAAUCGUCGCUUUGGCUUUGGCCGCACCAGCCUUCGGUGUUGUCCUGAACCGUUGCUCCUUGGCGCGUGAGAUGUCACGCUUGGGUGUACCAAGGGAUCAAUUGGCACGAUGGGCUUGUAUUGCCGAGCACGAGAGCUCCUUCCGCACAGACGUCGUUGGCCCAACCAACUACAACGGUUCCAACGAUUACGGUAUCUUCCAGAUCAACAACUACUACUGGUGCCAACCUGCCAACGGUCGUUUUUCCUAUAACCAGUGUCACAUUGGCUGCAAUGGAUUGUUGACCGACAGCAUUGAACCCUCCGUACGUUGUGCCCAAGAGAUCUUGCGCAUGCAAGGCUGGUCCGCCUGGUCCACCUGGCAUUUCUGCAACGGCUGGUUGCCCAGCAUUGAAGAUUGCUUCUAAAUAUGUUUGAGAGUCGAUUUUAAUUCUUAAUAAAUAAAUACAUAUUCUUAAAACAAAAUAUAA